UGCCACCUGGGUAGCAGGUAUGCAUGGUGGGGCUGACAAGAGAGAAUUCCUUGCCAAGGGGGCUUCAACCUGGCUUCUUCUGCGCAUUUGUGUUUCUAGAAAAAAAAAAAAAGAGUGAGGAGGAAAAGACCCAAGUGAAGUCUCAGGGACUCAAAGACUGACGCACAGGAAAGCCUCACGUGGGAGGAGAAAUGCAAAUCUUCUUUCUACAAGGACAGCGGCAGUCUCAGCUGGGGGACUGAGUAGGGAGACUCUGACUUUGGGCUACGAGCACCCUUGGGACCCCGGCUGAGCAAACCAGCAUGUCUCAGUGGAAUCAAGUCCAGCAGUUAGAAAUAAAAUUUUUGGAGCAAGUAGAUCAAUUCUAUGAUGACAACUUUCCCAUGGAAAUCCGACAUCUGCUGGCCCAAUGGAUUGAAAGUCAAGACUGGGAGGCAGCUUCUAACAAUGAAACCAUGGCAACGAUUCUUCUUCAAAACCUGUUGAUACAACUGGAUGAACAGUUAGGCCGUGUUUCCAAAGAGAAGAACCUGCUCUUGAUUCACAGCCUGAGAAGAAUCAGGAAAGUCCUUCAGGGAAAAUUCCAUGGAAACCCAAUGCAUGUUGCGGUGGUGAUCUCAAAUUGUCUGAGGGAAGAGAGGAGAAUAUUGGCUACGGCCAACAUGCCUGUGCAGGGGCCUUUGGAGAAAUCCUUACAAAGCUCUUCAGUUUCAGAAAGACAGAGAACUGUGGAAAACAAAGUGACUGCCAUUAAAAACAGCGUGCAGAUGACAGAGCAAGACACCAAGUAUUUAGAAGACCUGCAAGAUGAAUUUGACUACAGAUAUAAAACUAUCCAAACAAUGGAUCAGGGUGACAAAAACAGUCCACGGAUGAAUCAGGAAGUUUUGACUCUGCAAGAAAUGCUGAACAGCUUGGACUUUAAGAGAAAGGAAGCCCUCAGUAAGAUGACACAAAUAGUCAAUGAAACAGACAUGCUGAUGAACAGCAUGCUCGUGGAAGAGCUGCAGGACUGGAAGCGGAGGCAGCAGAUCGCCUGCAUUGGAGGCCCGCUGCAUAACGGGCUCGACCAGCUGCAAAACUGCUUUACGCUAUUGGCAGAAAGUCUUUUCCAGCUCAGACGGCAACUGGAGAAGUUAGAGGAACAGUCCACCAAAAUGACCUACGAAGGGGAUCCUAUCCCAAUGCAGAGGACACACCUGCUAGAAAGAGUCACCUUCCUCAUCUACAACCUUUUCAAGAACUCAUUUGUGGUUGAACGACAGCCAUGCAUGCCGACGCACCCUCAGAGACCCAUGGUCCUCAAGACGCUCAUUCAGUUCACAGUCAAGCUGAGACUUCUAAUAAAAUUGCCAGAACUAAAUUAUCAAGUAAAGGUGAAAGCAUCAAUUGACAAGAAUGUUUCUACUCUCAGCAACCGAAGAUUUGUCCUUUGUGGAACUCACGUCAAAGCAAUGUCCAUUGAAGAAUCUUCUAGUGGGAAUCUCUCAGUAGAAUUUCGGCAUUUGCAACCGAAGGAAAUGAAGUCCACUGCUGGAAGCAAAGGAAAUGAGGGAUGUCACAUGGUGACUGAAGAGCUCCAUUCCAUAACCUUUGAGACACAGAUCUGCCUCUACGGGUUGACCAUAGAUUUGGAGACCAACUCACUGCCUGUGGUGAUGAUUUCCAAUGUCAGCCAGCUGCCUAACGCCUGGGCUUCCAUCAUUUGGUAUAACGUGUCGACCAGUGACUCCCAGAACUUGGUUUUUUUCAACACUCCUCCCUCCGCCACUCUGAGUCAGCUGCUAGAAGUGCUGAGCUGGCAGUUCUCAUCGUAUGUGGGUCGUGGCCUUAAUUCAGACCAGCUCAACAUGCUGGCAGACAAGCUGACAGCUCAAGCGAGCUACAGCGAUGGUCAUCUCACCUGGGCCAAGUUCUGCAAGGAACACUUACCUGGCAAAUCAUUUACCUUUUGGACGUGGCUUGAAGCAAUAUUAGAUCUAAUUAAAAAACACAUUCUUCCCCUCUGGAUUGACGGGUGUGUCAUGGGCUUUGUUAGCAAAGAGAAGGAGCGGCUCUUGCUAAAGGAUAAAAUGCCCGGAACCUUCCUGCUCAGAUUCAGUGAAAGCCACCUGGGAGGAAUAACGUUCACUUGGGUGGACCAUUCUGACAGCGGAGAAGUGAAAUUUCACUCUGUAGAGCCCUACAAUAAAGGUCGGUUGUCUGCCCUGCCAUUCGCUGACAUCCUUCGUGACUACAAGGUUAUUAUGUCUGAAAACAUCCCUGAGAACCCUCUGAAGUGCCUAUAUCCUGACAUUCCCAAAGACAAAGCCUUCGGCAAACACUACAGCUCCCAGCCAUGCGAAGUUUCAAGACCAACAGAAAAGGGAGACAAAGGUUAUGUUCCUUCUGUUUUUAUCCCCAUCUCAACAAUCCGAAGUGAUUCAGCUGAGCCAAACUCUCCGUCAGACCUUCUCCCCAUGUCUCCGAGUGUCUAUGCCGUGCUGAGAGAAAACCUGAGUCCUACAACGAUUGAAACAGCCAUGAAGUCUCCGUACUCUGCUGAGUGACAAGAUAAACUCUUGACCCUCAUGAGAAAGGAAGCAAACAAAAAGAUAAAGACUGAUCUUUGCAACAAUCACACCGUAUUUCUUCAGUCUUGUACCUAAUGGUUUCCAGGAAGUGGUUGAAGUCUGAAGCUCUUCUCUCUCUGGUAUGACCCCUCCCAUUGGGAGUGUUGUGAUUGAAAUGCUAAAAAUCAAAGCUUCAGAUAAACAUGCCUGAUAAGACUCUUGAAGAAACCAAAGUUAAUAUAAUACUAACUCAA